GAAUGCCGGCCUCCCCCCCACGGCUCCCUUAUUUGCGCCCAAACUAACUUAUGUUUUUGGAUCUUUUUGGAUUAACGAAUUGUAAAGUUGAAAGCGACCACGAUUUACUUUAGCAGUCAAGUGAUAAAAGCGAAAGAUGAACGUGGUUGUCAUGGCAACGGAGACGCUAUUGGGUGUAUUUGGAGUCGACGUCAGAGCUGACCAGCUGAAACCAGGCUUUGAGAUGAUUGUGUCAUUAUGCAUCAAUCUAAUACUGUCAGUGGUGGGACUAGGUGCUGUCAUCAGAACUAUCCCUGCUGUUGCCACCAUGUUUAUAAAUGCUGGCUUGUUUGGAAAAGAUCUGUGCAAGAAAGAUCGAGAAAAGAAAGUGCCUGAGUCAAUGGGUAUGGUUAGUGGUCUAGUCUUCCUCAUCAUCAUGUUUCUGUUCCUGGGAGUACCAUUUGGUCAGCAUUUUAUGAACCCAGAGACACCCUUUCCGCAUACAACAUUUACAGAGUACUUGACAUCUCUGCUCUCUAUAUGCUGUAUGCUGUUUCUUGGCUUUGCCGAUGAUGUCCUGAACUUGAAGUGGAGAUUCAAAUUAGUACUUCCCACUUUAGCCUCACUUCCUCUAUUAAUGGUUUACUACAUCAAUCUUGGUUCAACAACAGUUGUUGUUCCAAAGCCAUUGCGAACUUGGAUUGGAUUAACAUUGAACAUUGGCCCACUGUACUAUGUGUACAUGUCCAUGCUUGCAGUGUUUUGUACAAAUGCCAUCAACAUUUAUGCUGGCAUAAAUGGGCUGGAGUGUGGUCAGGCUGUAGUCAUUGCUGGGUCUGUGAUAGUGUUCAAUAUUGUGGAGUUAGGAGGGUACCAGGCCGAGUUUCAUUAUUUCUCGCUUUGCCUCAUCAUUCCAUUCACAGCAUCAGCACUAGGCCUGUUUUAUCAUAAUCGAUAUCCAGCACGGGCAUUUGUAGGAGACACGUUUACGUACUUUGCUGGAAUGACCUUUGCUGUUGUGUCCAUAAUUGGCCACUUCAGUAAGACUGUGUUGCUGUUUUUCUUGCCACAGAUAUUCAAUUUUCUCUAUUCAGUACCACAGCUCUUCCACCUUGUGCCAUGCCCAAGACAUCGUCUCCCAAAAUAUGUCCCACAAAAAGACAAACUCGAACCAAGUGUUGCAGAGUUCAAGGCAAGUCAGAUCUUAAAGCCACUACUUCUUGCAUUGAGGUUCCUAAACAAGCUGGGUUUGGUGAGACUUGAAGAGGGCCUUGGUGAAGACAAGGAAAUGUGUCGAAUCAACAACCUCACACUAGUCAACUUGGUCUUGCUGAAACUGGGUCCUCAACAUGAAGCUAAUCUUACAAUGAAACUUCUUGUUCUGCAGGUGCUGAGCUCAGGGCUAGCAUUUUUCAUUAGAUAUCCAUUUGCAGAUUUAUUUUUCUGAGUUGUUAAUGAUAUACAAAUUGAUUCUCUGAAUUUUUUUCAUUCUCAUAGAUAUUUAUCAGUGAUGAUAUAAUAAUUUCAUCCCAUAUUCAAUGACAUGUCAGAAAUCUGUUUGUAUCAUCUAUGUACAUUAGACAUAUGCAUUUAUUUAAUUAUUGGUGUGGAAGCAUUGAUGUAUAUGUAGAAUGAGAUAAACAGUAUGUAUAUAUGAAGGAUACUUGUAGUACAUAGCUUCAACUACAGCAUCAUUUGGUGGCUUGUAUUGUGUAAUGCAAACAGUCUUUAGUAAAUGUUAUAACUACUUGUUAACAUCCCAAAGACAUUUUUUGAUAUGCAUUUGUUGUUUAGAUAUAUGGAAAAUGUAUCUAGUAUUUGUAAAUACAGCUUACUUAUUUUAAAAAAUGGUAGAUGUUAUCUACCAAAAGCUUGACUAAAUACAAAGAGUUGAUUUUUUUUCAUAGUUUUGGAUUUUGUGAGUAAUGAUUUUAUUUUCAAAAGUAGAUGUUUUAUUUUUGCUCACAUCAUCCCUUGAAAUAGUCAUUCAUAACUAUGAAAUAUUGGAUAUGAUUUAAUUUGUGAUCAUUUUGAGUUUCUAAAUGUGUGUAGUCAAUAGAAAUGAAAGUUUCACUUGGUAAAUUUGAUACUAAAAUACUUAAUUAGUUAUGAAAGUGUUGCAUGUGUUAACCCAUUCACCCCACGUGGCAAGAAUAGAUGCCAUAUCCACUUUAAUACACGUUUAUUUAUUGUAUUUACACAUAGAUGGCUCCACAAAUUCUUAAUCACCAAAUAGCCAGUUAUCAAGAACUACCUGUUUCACCUGUUUACCCUUUUCCUUCACUUUAGGCAAAGGUUUUUUGUAUCAUUUCAUUGUCUAAAAUAUUCUAAUGACAAUUUAAUAAUCAUAGCAUCAAUAACAAUGAUAACAGUAUCGAUAGCAAUGGUAUUAAUUUUCCCGCCAAUUCAUUGAAUGGGAAAAUGAGGAUCGGUAACUAGGGCCUAGUGAUAGACUCCUUGCUGGCUGAGCACAUGUGGAAACAUCUGUAUGUAACAAAAUUCACCAAAAACUACAGGGGACAGAACAUAAAUCUGGGGCGAAUGGGUUAAAUGCAGCAUUUGGGUUCAUAGAGUAAAAUUAUUCAAAUAAUUACUUUCCAUAUAGGAAUGUAGUCAGGUUAUGAUAAAUAAUAAUAUAUAAAUUUUUAUGUGUGUAUAUUUUGUUUGUAUACUUGUUUUUUUUUUCUAUAUUGAAAGAAAAUGAUAGAUAGUGAUAAAGUAUUUAUUUAAAACUUGCAAUAAAUUUUGCCUUUAUUUCUUAGAAUAAAAUACAUGAAAUUCAA